AUGCGGGCACAGGGGCGCUGGGGGCUGAGUGAGCAUCCCCUUUGUGGGGGUACCCAGGUAGGGGAGAGGAUCUCAGACUCGGAGCCCUUGGUGCCCCCCUCCCAGGGCCAGAGCCGCCUGCUGCGGGCACGAGGAAGAACAGUCCAGCGGAGGGGGGCGCUGGCGGGCACGGGGAGACCUGGCAGGACCUGCGCGGAGGCCGCACAGCACUGGCCGUCACAGGUGACAGGCGACAGCCUCAGCGUGGGAACACUUAAUCGCUGCCCAAUUAUCGCCCCAGAAGCCCUCAGCACACCUCCGCACUGGAGCCUCGGGCUGCGUUCUUUUGCUGCCUCCGGAGAAGAGGGCGGCACAGCGGUGCCUGAGCCAGCUGCGCCUUGCACCCUGCCGGCACCCGCCCUAGGCCUGGAGGUCGAGCCCCAGGGACUGGAGACCAUCCUCACCAGCGCCCUGAGCCAGUACGGAAGGAAGAAACAGACCCGGAGAGAGCCAGGGACUUGUCCAAGCUCCGCAGCAAGGAGGCCGGACCAGGGCACUGCGGCGAGCCUGGGUGGGGAAAGGCCUGCAGGCUCCUGGAGGUCCCGUGAGCUCAGUCCGUGCCCUGUGCAACCGUGGGUGCCUCAGGCUGGGUCUGAGCGUCCACAGAACACCGGAGGGGCACUGGGCCCCUGCGUCCCCACCCCGCUUCUCGAGGCGCUGUGUGACCUCCUGCAGAUGCAUUAGCCCCUCUGGCCCCGGCGUCCCCCUUGCCACAUGGUGGGCACACUGUACCCAGGGGAGGCCAAGGGUCCUGGCGUGGGCAGCUUGGAGGCUGGCAGCAGUGGCGGGCGCCGACGAGGAGUGGGCUGGACCUCUGACCUCCCUGUUCACUCUAUGAAUGCCCGAUCCGACUCACGGCACAUCACCCCUGAUUCCAGUGACAAAGGCCUGUCCGGUUUUAAAACCGAAGCAUAAAAACCUCGGCGUGGUUUUACAUGUUGUCUAAAUCUGAGCCCGCUGUCAGUGCCUCCAGGAAGCCUUCCCAUACUCAUAGCACUAUGUUAACUGGGUCUUUUGUGACCUUGUCGUCCCUAGUACACCCCUGCCUCAGAGCCCCUGAGCACGCUGUCUUCCUCUGUGUGUCAGUGUAUGAGUGUGAACGUGUGCGGGGCGGGGGGCUGUGUGCAUCAGUGCCUUCCUGAUCCUCUGUCCAAGCAAGGCAUGCUCUCGCUGACUGUGCAGCCUCUGAGCCUGCGCUGGGCCUGUGGAGUGGACGAGCCCACCGGGUUCCUCCCCUGAGGAGACUCGGUCUGCUCAGAUUCCCCAACACCCCAGGUGUUCUGGGGCCAGCAGCCCAAGGAGCCCUGACGGGUGGG